GAUACCUCUCCUGAAGAUAUUUUCAGCAGAGCCGACACCGGAGAUGGUGACAGAGAUCUGGCUUCGUAUGAAGGAUGUGAUAUACAGGAAAGAUCUCAGACCGCAAUCAGAGAUAAUGAUUAUGCGGAACUUGAAGAAAGCUUUGAACUGUGUAAAAUGGACGACAGUUAUACCAGAACAACCAAAGAAACAAAUAAUCAUUUCUUUUCGUACAACAAUGGGCUGCUGUCAAAGCUUUCUCCAGAAGGUGGCGCAUGUGCUCUCCAUCUGGGUAAGAAUGCUGCUGAGCAAAGAUCAUCAGUAUUGGAUGAUGUGGGAAUGGACAUCCCAUACGAUGCAGAAGAAAUCAGACCUGAACCUCCUAAUUCCCUGGAUCUGAAUGGUUCUCAUGCCAGAAAAAUAAAGCUCACUGCUCCCAACAUAAACUUAUCUCUGGACCACAGCGAAGGUUCCAUCUUGUCUGAUGACAACCUUGACACCCCAGAUGAGUUGGACAUUAAUGUAGAUGACCUUGAUACUCCAGAUGAAGCAGAUUCCUUUGACUACACAGGUCAAGAUGAUCGACCGGCACUUGGACACUCGGUGCAACAAAACUUUGACUCUAUUGAAGAGUAUACAGCAGAAGAAGAGAGAGCUGAUAACAAGCUAUGGAGGACUGUCAUCAUUGGGGAGCAGGAACAAAGAAUUAACAUGAAAGCUAUUGAACCUUACAAAAAAGUGAUAUCGCAUGGAGGUUACUACGGAGAGGGUGUAAAUGCCAUCAUUGUGUUUGCUGCUUGUUUCCUGCCGGACAGCAGUCACGCUGAUUACAAUUAUGUCAUGGAAAACCUUUUUCUAUAUGUAAUAAGUACACUGGAACUCAUGGUAGCAGAGGACUAUAUGAUAGUCUAUCUAAAUGGAGCCACUCCACGAAGAAAGAUGCCAGGCUUAGGAUGGAUGAAGAGGUGUUACCAAAUGAUAGACAGGCGGCUAAGGAAGAACCUAAAGUCAUUCAUAAUUGUUCAUCCAUCAUGGUUUAUUAGAACUAUAUUAGCUGUGACACGACCUUUCAUAAGUUCCAAGUUCAGCAGCAAGAUAAAAUAUGUGUCCAGUUUAGCUGAGCUACGAGAACUUAUUCCAAUGGACUAUGUACAGAUUCCGGAAAGUAUUAUCAAGCUGGAUGAAGAAUUGAAAGAAAGUGAAGCCAACUCCGCCCCCCGGCAUGGCGGCGCUCGCAGGGAAGGGAACCCGGAGGACGGAUGCUCCGGCCGGAGGACACGGCUGGAGGACACAGCGGGAGGACAUCGGGGGCUCGUUUGGACAAGAGCUGCAUGUAUGCCGACCGAGCCAGAAAUGACUUCCCUGGAUCAAAAGUUUGACAAGAAGACUGAAGAUCAUUUAUAAUGUCAUCAAGUAAAAAAUAUUACUGUAUAAUUUGUUUUUCUUUUUGUCCAUGUAAAGGCCAAGCUAUCCUAUGUAUAUUAUUUUUUUAAAUGUGUAAUUUAAUGAUAGAACGAAAUAUAAAAAAAUCUCUUUAAUCCAAGAUGGCAUCAGUUCAAAAGAUCAACAUGAUGGUAUUUAAAGGGAAUGGGAUGUAUUUUCUAUACCAAAAAGACUUUUCAAAUAAGAUGGUCUAUUUAGAGUUUGCUAUGGUGAAAGUCAUACUAGUACUUUUGUCAACAGCAUGGUAGAGUUUGAAGCAGUUUUUCCCCUUUGUGGUUGUCAGGCCAUUAGAGCAGGAAUGUCUUAUUAUGAGGAAACAAAAAGAGUAUAAUUACAAGGCUGACGCUGUCAGAUGUGAGAACAGAGAAUCUUAUGCAACAUGGGAAAGUCUUGAGAUCCUAGUCAAUUUUGCGCCUGUGUAACUAAAAUACCACAGUUCACCAUAGUAAAGUUUGAACAGUCCUAUAUUACAGUGAUACCCUUUCCUCCAAGCAAGAUGUGCAAAAUACAAAUACCUAUUUAUUUUGUUAUAAGCUAGUAACAACUUGCCUUUAACACAAUUUAUUUGUGUACAUGCAAAUGCAAAUCAUAACAUAGCAUGCUCAUAUUUUGAGAAUAUCAUAUACAUGUGCACAAUCAUUGUAUGCAUCAAUUUGGUUUAUGUUCACUCAUCAGUACAUAUGGUAUCCACUAUAAAUCAUUUACACUUGCCAAUUGCAUAUGCUACUGCAGAUGUGUCUUUUUGUUUGUUUAGAAAUAAUCCAAAUAAACUGUUAAUUGUAAAAUGUUGGUGCAGUGGCAGUUAUAUCUAAAUAUGUAUUUUGUCCUAUUUUUAAAUUUGUGGUGUAGGAACCUAAAGCUAAAUUUGUAAAGCUACUGUACUUCUCUAAUCCCACAGCAGGAUGAGCACACACUCUUCAAACCUCUGUGAAGGACAUUUCAAACAGUACCUAGAACACAAAACCUGUAAUUCAUUAAGUUACAGGGAUUAAAGCAUAUCUAUGGUCAAAAUUCA